AUGAGAGAGAAAAUUGUAGAGAGAGACAAACCCUUAACUCCUCCACCCAAAAGCCCCUCCCCCCCUCAGCCCGCCCUCACGGCACCAUCCAGCCUCCACCAGCGCCAUAGUUCUGCUCCGCCGCCAAGUAGGGUCAACAAGAGUGCUUUGAGUCCAUCCCAGGUUGUUGAUGAUGGUCAUCCCUCGAGUCAUUCUCUUCGGCUUUCCGUAUCAUCUGAGAUUUCCAGCUUCAAGGGUAAGCCUGAAUCCAUCCCCUUCUCGAGCCAAGAUCGGGGUGGCCCUUUAGCCAUCCAAAAGGAUCAUGUCAUAGUUCCAAUAUCUGAUGAAGAUUACUCGGCUCUGAGUACGCCAUGGAACAUGGCCAUAAUUUGCAAGGUAGUUGGAAAAUCUUUCUCAAGAGAAAUUUUGAAGAUACAACUAGUUAAAUUAUGGUCUUUGCCGGAGAACAUUGAUCUUAUCGCUGUUGGGAGAGGGUUUUACGUGGUUGUUUGCCCAUCUUACCAAAAAAGAGCUACCAUACUUGCCGAUGGUCCAUGGAUCAUCCAAGGAGCGCACAUUUGGGUGCAAUGUUGGGAACCAGGGUUUAGGCCGUCACAAGCAAAAUGUAGCAAGGGUGUAGUUUGGGUUAACCUACCAGAACUACCCUUGGAAUUCUAUAAGCAAGAAAUUUUAGUAAAAUUGGGUCGCACCAUGGGAGAGGUUGUGAAGAUCGAUGCGAGGACGCUAGAGGGAGGGAAUAAGCGAUUUGCAAGACUCGAUCUGUCUUCUAAUGGAAGGAAAUAA